AUGGAAGGCAAGACCACCGGAAAGUCGCAGCGCAAGCGGCUGCAGCGACAGCUGGAAUUCUACCUGAGCGAGAGCAACCUUCGGCAGGACAAGUUCCUGCAGCAAGCGAUGGAUGAUAACGGCUUUGUACCUGCACACGUGUUCCUGUCCUUUAACAAAUUAAAGGUGCUCAAGGCUACCGAACGUAUGAUCCUGGAAGAGGCAGAAAGGUCGUCAGUGCUUCAGGUUAAUCGAACGGCUUCUUCUAUUGCACCCAAUUUUGUGCCGAAGAAGACCAACCAGGACCAUGGCACAGAUGCCCGUACGAUAUAUAUCGACACUUUCGGCGUCAUGGACGACCACGAUUCGCUACGGCGGGCCUUUGCUUCGUUUGGCAAAGUGAACCUUGUGAGCCUGCCAAGAUUUUCGCAGAGCAGAAAGUUUAAGGGUUUUGGCUUUGUAGAGUUCGCCGAUGAAGUUGCCGCCGACAAAGCUGUCGCAAACUUGUCGUAUGUGGAUCUGAGGGGCAUUCGUGUCAUGAAGAAAACGCGGUGGUUAGACAUGAAAGAACAAUUGAAAAAUUGUCUGGCACACGGUGGUGGGGCUGAAGGCAGUGCCAGUGACAGUGUCAGCUUGUCAUGCAGUUCCAAACCCAGCAGUUUUUUAAGCACGGCCGUUACGAAAACGAAGGAUAGGAAGCGGUGUUCACUAGCCUCAACGGAGCACAUCCACUUUGGUGAUGACUUUGACAAAGAGACUACUGAAAAUGAAGAGACAACGAAGAAGCAAAGGCUAUGA